GGCAUCGUUUUCUCAUAAAGAAUGAAAGGAACGAGCGGGGAGGUUUGGGGGUGGGGUCUCGGGAAGCUUACUGCUAGCUUUCUGCUCAGUCCCUCUGGGUUGAGGCAAUGCACAGAGCGGGUGUAAGCUUAGGUUGUUGUUUGUGGGUUCACGAUACUCUCAGAUUUCAGAGAAAGCAAGAAGAGGUAUAGGUUGCAUCCUGAGCCAGCUUCAAAGCCAGGGUUGGUGGUUGCUAAGGCCUGGGAUUAGGAGGCCCUAGACUUUAAAAAGCCACAAAGCAAGGAAUUCUCCACUCCAUGCUGUCCCUGCUGAGGGUCCAGGCUGCCUGCUUCUACCUCGAUUCUUUGUCUUCACUUCAGUAGCUGGGAUCAGAGCCAGGAGGCCAAGCUCACCAGAGCCAUGCCUUGCCCAUCCCAGAGCUCCGAUGAGUUGGAGUUCUUUGUGAACGGGAAGAAGGUAAGGGACCCCGUAGAGUUAUCCCUAUGGCUUGCAGCAGGAAACCCCUGGCUCGCUGGGCACUCGGGAAUCCAAUCUGAGCCUCUCCUUUCUGAUCUGACAAGAAGCUCAGGUUUAGGAACCCAUCUUGACUUCUCUUCUCUCCUCAAAGGCACCAACUGGGUCCUGGCAAUAGUGGUAAACGGGAAAGCUUUGGGAGUCUUUGCAUACCCCUGGGACUCUGGCAGGCCCUUCACUGUAUAACCUGAUAUAAAUCCCUUCACCUCCCUGAGACUCGGGGUUCUCUUGUGGCCUGUGCUUCCCACAGCUGUUGUAAAAAUGGAAAGAAAGCCGUUUCUGUGGUCGCACAGGAGCCCCUGAGGCGCAAAACACAGAGGCAGUGCACUCUGUAACAUGGUUUGCGCUCCGAACUCCUGAAGUUUUUAAAUGGAUCCGUCUUUGUAUUUCUAUUUACCAAAUCAAUUUCUCUAUGGCUGUAAUUCUCAUCCUUCCUAAGGCUGCGACCCUUUAACACAGUUCCUCAUGCUGUGGUGACCCCCAACCCAUAAAAUUAUUGUCGUUGCUACUUUAUAACUGUAAUUUUGCUGAAUCAAAAGCACCUGUGUUCCGAGGGUCUUAGGUGACCUGUGAAAGAGUUAUUUGACCUCCAAAGGCGUCAUGACCCACAAGUUGAAAAGCUAGAGGCCCCUCUUCCCCUGGGUUGCAGCCUCUUCUGGGAAUAUAUAGAGACGAGGACAGAGCCUCUCAGUUGCCACUUUCACUGGUGGCCUCCUCCCUAGCCUCACCCCUCCUCACACAGGACACUGGCUACUUUAGUGCCCAGACCCUUCUUAUCAUGAGCCCCAUUGUACUUUCCAAGAGCACACAGCUUCUCAGGACUCUUGCUCCUCCCCUCCCAGAGCCUCUCCGACCUCUGACCCCACACACUUAAUGGGGUUGCAGUCAUGUCCACCCUCAGCAGUCGGCCCAAGGAGGCAGCCGGAGCCCCCGGGGCUCGUCAUUGGCCUGCAUGUGCUCUCGCUGUGUGCAGCCUCCCAGGCACCCACCACACCCUUCUGUGACAAUCACUCGGUAGCUGAGUUACUAAUGGCUUUUCCAUUGGCCCAAAAGCCAGACGGGCUCCUUCCUCUAUCAGUCCCAGAUCCCAUUAUGAGCCCAGAAUGACAUGGCUGUAGUCAGAACAGAGUAAGUCAAGAGAGAGAGGGGAGAAGGGAUCAGAGUGGAGGGAGAGUGUUGUGUUCUACAAAAAGAUAGGAGAGACCAAAGAUAUGUUUGGUGGAGGGGAGCUAUGGUGUGGGGGAAGGGGGUGCCUCUGCAGGCCCAUGCUGAGGCAUCCCUUCCCCCUGAGGGAUCGGCCACACAAUAAUAUAGUAUAUAGUAUAGAAUAGAGUUUAUUCAGGGCAUGCAGAGAGCAGAGAUGGGAGAGGGGGAGUAGAGGCCGGCCAUGAGCACGUCGGGGAGGGGUGGCACUGGGAUAGAGGGGGAACAGGAGGUAGAGGAGAGAGUGAGAUCAGGAGGGCAGGAGAGUGAGGAGGGAGCAAGCAGCACCUUUAUAGUGAGUCAGGCACACCUGACUGUUGCCAGGAAACUGUGGGGCAAAGCCUAGACUAAAUGUCACUAAAGAGGAGGGGAGGGGAGGCAGGCUGUGGUGGAGUCCAUUGGAUAUUUGCAUGGGGCGGGUCUGAUCACAUUCUUGGUAACUGUCAAGGGCCUAGUGUGAAAGCAAGGGCAUUGGAGAAUGGGCUUUUGUUAUUUUUCUGGUGAUGAGGUGAGACCCUAGAGAAUGAGUAAGUGGCUUUGUGGGGCAUCACUGGGAGGAGAAGCCCUUGGUCCUGUCAAGGCUUAAUGCCCCAGUGGAGGGCAAUUGGGGGGGGGGAGUACCCUCAUGGAAGAAGGGGGAGAUAGAGAGUUUAUGGAGGGAAAACCGGGAAAGAAGAUAACAUUUGAAAUGUAAAUAAAAAGUAUCCAAUAAAAAGAGAUUAAAUAAUAAAAGAGAAAUUAAAACAUUUAAAUUAAAUAUUUCCAAUGAAAAGUAAAGAAAAAGAAAAAGAAAAAAGAAAUACCUUCCUAGAGAUUUCUAUCUUUGAGUUAUGCAAAAGUGUGUGUCUUCCUUCUGAGGAGAAAGGAAGAAGCCAGUGUUGGUCCAUGAACCUUCCUUGCCUGCCACACAGAAUGGCUCACACGACAUCUCGGGGCAAAAGCACAGUAGCUAUACUAAAGGAAACAAACAGGAAAGAGAGCAAGGAAGUUCCUGUGUGACUUUUGGUGUGAACACCCCACUUUCCAGAGGAAGGAUGGGGAAUUCUAAUGGCCCAUUAGACCUACGCUGAGUCCUGAGCAAGGUGACAAGGCUAACCAGCAGGCCACUCAAACCUCAGGCCCAGAACCUCUCCAGGACAACAGUAACUUUAGCCUACUGACUUUCUGUCAAAUUCCAGACCCCAGAGAUCAUCAUGUGUUUCCUGCCAGGUAUCCCAGAGAUGGUAGAGACAUCCCACCCACCUCCCCUCCCUUUUGGACCACCCUCCAUCCCCCUCCCCACAACAAACACAUUCCAAAUUUAGAUACUUCCGAAGACUCAGUUGGGAGGUUCCACGAAGCCAGGAGACAGAGCACAAGUAAAAAAUACAGAGUGCAGAUACUUUUCCAAAGUGACAAAUCUCCAGAGACAGCCUCCCUCCUCAGUGACUCCCAGCUCCUGCCCCACAGAGCAGCACAUUGCUACACUGGCCUUGUGAGGCUCCUGCCAGUAAAUAAAAAUGGUUUCCCCUCAGAGCAGGUCUGGUCUGCUCCAUCCUGCCUCCCACAUCAAACAGACAUUCUGCUGAGUCAUCCUUUCAAUCCCAUAAUCCCUCCUGUUUCCAACGCAGGUGACAGAGAAGAAUGUGGACCCAGAAGUCACUCUGCUGGCCUUCCUGAGAAAGAACUGGACCCUUUCCAUCACAGUUUCAGCCUUGUCUAUGCAGGCCUUGUAGAAUGUAUGGAGCUUAAGGCGCUGUGGUUGUGAGGGGCGAGGCGUGCAGCCCUUUGACCCUUGCCUGCUGUUUGCUUUUGGCGGUAGCUGUAAGAAUAUCAGGUUAAUGGGGCUGGUGAGAGGAGAAAGUUUCCCAGCAUUGCUUAUGUGUGAUUGAAUAUCAUGAAGUAGAAGCUAAGCGAUGCGCUCGGGCUCUGCCAAGCCACCUGAGUGUUAUGUAAUAGAGGCUUGGGUUACCUGUGACCUGCCCUUUACAGAACCAGAUUCUCAGAUUCAGCAAUUGGAUAUGACAAGGGGAAAGAUUUCUUUACCUUACAUCGAUUUUCUUACUUCAGAUUUCUUACCCCCACCAUCUUAUAUGCUGGAACACACAGGUCUUCAUAAUGAUAAACGUAUUUUAAUUACAAAGCCCAAUGGAUUGCUGGGGGGAAUAGUGAAACUAAAGACAGGAGUAACAAGCUGAUGACAUUGCCUCUGCACAAGCUUUGUGUGAAGGCCCAUGUGGGCUCUAACUAGCCGCCAAUGUUGAACGUCAAAACAUUUUAUGUUUUAAAUAAUCAAGACUUCCAGUUGUUGUGGCAAGUGGGAAGGUAGCCAGUCCGGCACAUGGUGACUCUGCUUAGAGCCAAGUGAAAACUGUCACUGGUCCCCUCUCAUCUAGGCCCUUCUUCACUUACAUAAUCCCUCUGAACCACUGUUGACCAAUGAACUAACAGAACAGAGAUAGAUGAUAGAUGAUAGAUAGAUAGAUGAUAGAAAAUAGCAAGGAGUUGAUGAGUUUAAAGUCUUUUUAGCCACAGCUGAUCAAUCUUACGUGGAAACAGGGGAAGAAAGAGAAACAUAGAGGCAGAGCCCAGGUUUGCCAUUACCUGGAGUUAGAGCGGAGGAUGCUCAUGGUGGAACCUGGAAGCAAGGAUGUGAGACCUAGAGGCUCAUCACCCCACUUCAGAUGCAAUGCAGCCAGAGGAAGACUGGGUCAUUACCGGCCAAAGUUAAAAUGUGCUGAGUUGUUAAAAAUAGUUCUUCUCCCCCAGUUAUGUGAUUAGAACCAGAAGAAGACAUAAAAACACCUGUAAGGAAGUAGGGUUUGUCUAAGGAGUUUUAUCUUAAACCCAAUAAGAGGUUUAUGGUGAGCUUGCCUGGCAAUGUAGGCAUCGCUCCUUCUUCCCUGUAAAUGGAAACUAACCAAAAUGGAGACAAGCCAGAAUGGGCUAAUAUAUCCAGAGCCACAUAGCUAAUCAAAUGUCUUCUCAGACUGGAUGUCCUCCCACAAAGACCCUUCGCACGAGUAACACCUAGGGAAGCAGCUACCUCAGAGGCAAAAUGUCUGCCUUGCAUUUUUUCCUUGACUUCUUCCUUUCCAGUACGCCUCACGGGGACUAAGUAUGCCUGUGGGACAGGAAGCUGCGGGGCCUGCACUGUGAUGGUGUCCCAGCACGAUCCGGUGUGCAAGAAGACAAGACACUUCUCUGUCAUGGCAUGCCUGGUGCCCCUGUGCUCCCUGCAUGGGGCUGCUGUCACCACCGUGGAAGGUGUGGGAAGCAUCAAGACCAGGCUACACCCCGUGCAGGAGAGACUCGCCAAGAGCCACGGCACCCAGUGUGGAUUCUGCAGCCCUGGGAUGGUGAUGUCCAUGUAUGCUCUGCUCAGGAACCACCCGCAGCCCUCAGAGGAGCAGCUCCUGGAAGCCUUGGGAGGUAAUCUCUGUCGGUGUACUGGGUAUCGGCCGAUUCUGGAGAGUGGCAGAACCUUCUGCAUGGAGUCAGAUGGUUGUCUGCAGAAAGGAACAGGACAGUGUUGCUUGGAUCAGAAGGAAGGUGACUCAUCUGGAAGCAAAAGUGAUAUUUGCACGGAGCUAUUUGUGAAAGACGAGUUCCAGCCCUUGGACCCAACCCAGGAGCUCAUAUUUCCCCCAGAACUCCUGAGGAUGGCUGAGAACCCAGAGAAGCAAACACUAACCUUUUAUGGAGAGAGAAUUACCUGGAUCGCCCCAGGAACCCUCCAAGAACUCUUGGUGCUGAAAGCCAAGUACCCUGAAGCCCCUCUCAUCUCAGGCAACACGGCUCUGGGACCAGCCAUGAAGUCUCAAGGACACUUUUACCCAGUUCUCCUGUCCCCUGCUAGAAUUCCUGAUCUAAGAAUGGUGACUAAAACCAGUGGUGGACUGACCAUAGGUGCCUGCUGCAGCCUGGCUCAGGUGAAAGACGUCUUAGCUGAGAGCAUCUCUGAGCUCCCAGAGGAGAAAACUCAGACCUACCGAGCUCUCCUGAAACACCUCCGUAGCUUGGCGGGACAGCAGAUCCGGAACAUGGCGUCCUUAGGUGGACAUGUUAUAAGCAGGCAUUACUACUCGGACCUGAAUCCCAUCCUCUCUGUGGGCAACGCCACACUCAAUCUGCUGUCAGAAGAAGGCCUGAGGCAGAUUCCCCUCAAUGGACAUUUUCUUGCUGGGUUGGCAAAUGAAGACCUGAAGCCUGAAGAGAUUCUGGGGUCGGUGUACAUCCCCCACUCUCAGAAGCGGGAGUUUGUGUCUGCCUUCCGGCAGGCCCAGUGCCAUCAGAACGCCUUGCCUGAUGUAAAUGCUGGCAUGAGAGUCCUGUUCAAAGAAGGCACAGACAUCAUUGAGGAGCUGAGCAUUGCCUAUGGAGGGGUGGGGCCCACCACCGUCAGUGCACACAGAUCCUGCCAGCAGCUCCUGGGCCGGCGUUGGAACGCACUGCUGCUAGACGAGGCUUGCAGACUGCUCCUGGACGAAGUCUCCCUCCCAGGCUCAGCCGUGGGAGGCAAAGUGGAAUUCAGGAGGACUCUCAUUGUCAGCUUCUUCUUCAAGUUCUACCUGGAGGUUCUACAGGAACUGAAGGCUGACAAGAGGCUGCUCCCUGAAUCCACCGACAGCCAGCGUUAUCCAGAGAUCGCAGACGGGUCCCGAAGCUCUCUGGGAGAUUUCCAGGUCACGCUACCCCAGGGAGUCCAAACAUACCAGAGAGUGAAUUCUCACCAACCUCUCCAAGAUCCAGUUGGACGUCCCAUCAUGCACCUGUCAGGUCUUAAACAUGCCACGGGGGAAGCUGUAUUUUGUGAUGACAUCCCCAGGGUGGAUAAAGAACUUUUCAUGGCUUUAGUGACCAGUACCAGAGCUCAUGCAAGAAUCAUAUCGAUCGACUCAUCUGAGGUCCUAGACCUGCCUGGUGUGGUCGAUGUGAUAACAGCUGAAGACAUCCCGGGCAACAAUGGUGAAGAGGAUGACAAAUUACUGGCUGUAGAUAAGGUUCUCUGUGUGGGCCAGGUCGUCUGUGCUGUGGUAGCAGAGACUGAUGUUCAGGCAAAACGAGCAACUAAGAAGAUAAAAAUCACCUACGAGGAUCUGAAGCCUGUGCUCUUCACCAUCGAGGAUGCCAUACAGCACAAUUCAUUCCUGUGCCCUGAAAAAAAGCUGGAACAAGGAAACAUGGAGGAGGCAUUUGAAAAUGUGGAUCAGAUAGUUGAAGGGAAGGUUCAUGUUGGAGGGCAAGAACAUUUCUACAUGGAAACACAGAGAGUGCUUGUCAUUCCAAAGACAGAAGACAAAGAGCUGGACAUGUAUGUGUCCACACAGGAUCCAGCCCAUGUGCAGAAAACGGUGUCCUCUGCUUUAAACAUCCCGCUCAGCAGGAUCACCUGCCACGUGAAACGUGUGGGUGGAGGCUUUGGAGGAAAGGUGGGGAGACCAGCUGUGUUCGGAGCAAUUGCUGCAGUGGGGGCUGUCAAAACUGGCCGUCCCAUUCGUCUUGUUCUGGACCGUGAGGAUGACAUGUUAAUAACUGGGGGAAGACACCCAUUAUUUGCAAAAUACAAAGUGGGAUUCAUGAACAGUGGACGAAUCAAAGCCCUAGACAUUGAAUGCUACAUCAAUGGAGGAUGCACACUGGAUGACUCGGAGCUGGUAACAGAAUUUCUUGUACUAAAACUGGAAAAUGCAUAUAAAAUCCGCAACCUCAGACUUCGAGGUCGUGCCUGCAUGACAAAUUUACCAUCCAAUACAGCCUUUCGUGGGUUUGGCUUCCCACAAGGAGCCCUGGUGACAGAAUCUUGCAUCACAGCUGUGGCAGCCAAAUGUGGGCUUCCACCAGAGAAGAUUAGGGAGAAAAACAUGUACAAAACAGUUGAUAAAACCAUCUACAAACAAGCGUUCAACCCCGAACCCCUGAUAAGGUGCUGGAACGAGUGUCUGGACAAGUCUUCCUUUGCCAUUAGAAGGACAAGAGUGGACGAGUUCAAUAAGAAGAGUUACUGGAGGAAGAGAGGCAUUGCGGUCGUCCCCAUGAAGUUUUCAGUUGGCUUUGCUGCGACAAGCUAUCAUCAGGCAGCCGCGCUCGUUCACAUCUACACCGACGGCUCUGUGUUGGUGGCACAUGGAGGCAAUGAGCUGGGACAAGGCAUUCACACCAAAAUGUUACAGGUGGCCAGCCGUGAAUUGAAAAUACCCAUGUCGUACCUGCACACCAGCGAAACAUGCACAGCAGCGGUGCCCAAUACAAUUGCUACGGCCGCGUCCGUCGGAGCCGAUGUCAAUGGCAGAGCUGUGCAGAAUGCCUGUCAGAUCCUUCUCAAACGUCUUGAGCCCGUCAUUAAGAAAAACCCGGAAGGGACAUGGAGAGACUGGAUAGAAGCAGCCUUUGAACAAAGGAUCAGUCUUUCAGCCACCGGAUACUUCAGGGGCUACAAGGCCUUCAUGGACUGGGAGAAGGGAGAGGGAGACCCAUUCCCAUACUAUGUCUAUGGAGCUGCGUGUUCUGAGGUUGAAAUCGACUGCCUGACAGGUGCUCACAAGAAAAUGAGAACCGACAUUGUCAUGGAUGCCUGUUGCAGCCUGAAUCCAGCCAUCGACGUUGGGCAGAUCGAAGGUGCGUUUAUUCAAGGAAUGGGCCUUUAUACCACAGAGGAGCUGCACUACUCUCCAGAGGGCGUCCUGUACUCUCGGAGCCCGGACAAGUACAAAAUCCCAACUGUCACUGAUGUCCCGGAGCAGUUUAAUGUGUCCUUGCUGCCAUCAUCUCAGACUCCGCUCACCAUCUACUCGUCAAAGGGCCUCGGGGAGUCCGGGAUGUUCCUAGGGUCAUCCGUAUUUUUCGCCAUUGCUGAUGCGGUGGCUGCGGCACGGAGACAAAGAGACAUAGCCGAGGACUUCACAGUGAAGAGCCCAGCAACCCCAGAGCGGGUGCGGAUGGCCUGUGCAGACCGGUUCACCGACAUGAUCCCGAGAGAUGACCCAAAGACAUUUAAACCUUGGUCUAUACCUAUAGCUUAAUCUGCUCUCAUUUCCUAGGAGAUAUUUUAGUAGUCAAGUGAAAAGCCGGCUUCCUAAUCCUGACUGGACUCCAAACUGUAUUCAUGUGCUGUUGGGUGGGAGGGAGGGUGAGCUCUGUCACAAAAUUUAGAGUCACGAUUCACAUCUAACCACAUUAAUGAGAUGAAGCAUUUCUUAUAAAUUAUUUACUUAGUGUUCUCAGCCUAGAGACUGCCAGACAAGCACUGCAGUGUUUGAAGCUCCUUUAAUGAUUUGUCUUUGAAAAAGACAGAGUAAAUGGUACUGCGGAAGGAGCAGAAAGGAGACCUGGUGUGCAGAUGGCAGAGCCAUCUUUUCCUGAAAGACCCUCCAUCAUGCAGCUACACACACACACACACACACACACACACACGAUGGCGAUGCCUUUGACUGUGAGCCACUGCGCCUAGGAGGGAGAGUUUUCUCCAAAGACUGAUUUCUUUUUCUUUCUCUUCUUUUCUUCCUUCCUUUCUUCCCCCUCACCAGGGAUAGGCUGUGGGUCUGUGUAUGAGUAUUUAACAGAAAAGAAGUGGUAUUUUCCUCGUGUUACACAUUGUCCAGCAAGUGAGCAUCCCUUUGGAAUUUGAAGGGGAAAGACAGUGUACGGAGUUCUGAACGCAUUAUCACAAGGUGUUUUGCUUUGAUCUGUGUGGGGCAUUUUGAUUGCUUGCCUUUGUUUUGAUUUAUUUGACUUUUUAUGGAAAACAUCUAGUUUGAUAUCAGAGCCUCAGAAAUACUAGAUGGCUCAGUUCCCUAUGCACUGAAAUAGGCAGCAGAGAGCAAAUGGAUCAUGAAUGGUUAUCAACCUUGAAUUGUGGUUUAAGAUACUUAGGAGUUAAAAUGUAGGUUGGUGAUGGAGGGUUUGCCUAGUAUGUUCUAUGUCUGUCCUGAGUUUGAACCUCAGCACAACAGAAAUAAAACUCAAAACAGUCAAUGAUAAAAUAUGCAGGGUUCAUGGAAGUCUAAACAGGCUUUAAGAGCUUUCAAAGGCGCAGAAAGCUGCACAUAAUCAGUCUAUUGACCAGAAAGUGGACGAGGAAAUCAGGCAGGACUCACGAGUCCUAGUGGGCGGACUGCAGAAGUGGGUGAGAAGCUGAGGCUGAGCAGAAGGUGAGGGUGACUGGCAAGCACAGGGGCCUGGGGAGGAGGCUCUCAGCGUCGAGGCCACAGACACACAGGGCACAGCUGUCCACAAGUCCAUCCACUGACUGAGAGGUUCCGUGGCCACAGGAGUCCAGGGGAGAAAGCAAGGCUACGAGAAAGGACUCUGGAGCAGAGAGGUCAGAGCAGGACAAGUUAUGUACGUACAAGGCAAGAAGGCAGUGAACUUUUUGGGGUGGCUGAGAUGAAAAAUUGAAAUUAAUAAAACAAAUCUAAACUCUUGAAAACAAAUUCCUCGGUGUAAAAAUCUAAUGAAAAUAUCAGAAAUUUGCUUUCUUUGUCAUGGGUAUUUCUAAAUACUAAAAUGAGCGGGGUCUGAAUACAAAUGGCUCCUGUAAGUUGAUGUACUAGAGUCUGAAUAGUAUAAACCUUAAUAAAGUACUUUUAAAAAAAUCAUAUUUGAAUCAAAGCCAGCCUGGUCUACAUAGUGAGUUCCAGGCUAAUUAGGGCUAUGGAGUGAGACUGUGUCUCAAUAAAGAAAACAAAAGAUUGCGUUUGGAGUCAUA